AUGACGGAUCUGCUGUUCAAAGCCCAGAAGUAUAUGAAUAAGGAGGACACCCUUACGGCCAAAAGGCUAAUGGGAAAACAGAAGAAGGAAGAGACCAGUGAGUUUCAUGGUAAGAAGAAGGAUAGCAAGGACUCAUACGCAGAGCCUAAGGCUAGCAAGAGUAGUCCUGACACCCCAAAGAGAAAGAUGAACUUCACUCCGUUAGUUAUGCCUAUGGACAAAAUCCUGAUGCAAACAAAGGAUGAACCAGGGUUGAAAUGGUCUAAGCCAUUAAGCACGUCCUUGAGGAAGCGUGACCUAAAGAAGGACCACCAGCCUCAAUCAAGGGCUAAGGAUAAAACCCAUGGUGAUGCAAAGGACAAUGGACGAGAUUUUCCGAAGCAAGUUGUGGGAGAGAUUCGGACAAUAGCAGGAAGAACCAUAUCAGAAGGGUCGUACAGGUCUUUGAAGAAAACGUAUUACAGGCAGGACAAUAGUGUCCAUAUGAAACAUCCAUCCCUGAAGUAUCGAUGGUCAGAGAAUGAUGACAUCAAGUUUACUGAACGAGAUGCAAAUGGGAUAAAGCAACCCCAUGAUGACCCACUCGUCAUUACAUUGGGAAUAGAAGGAUUCACCAUGAGGAGAGUGUUAGUUGAUAACGAAAGCUCGGCGGACAUAAUGUACAUGACAGCCUAUCAGCAGUUGAGGGUGGAUCCCAAGAAGCUCAAACCCUUUAAUUCUCCAUUGCUCAGUUUCAGCGGAGAUAGAAUUUAUACAAAGGGAAUCAUCACAUUAUCCGUCACAACUAGGGCAUACCCGGCGCAAGUGACGAUUCAAGUUUAUUUCUUGAUCGUUAAUUGCCCAUCGUCCUACAAUGUCAUUUUGGGACGACCUACUAUAAACAAGCUCAAGUUUGUGAUGUCGACUUAUUGCUUGAAAAUGAAGUUUCCAACUCCAAGCGGGGUAGGCCAAAUAUAUGGGGAUCAGCUUUUGGUCAGGGAAUGUUAUUAA